AUGAAGGCUUUGCUCGUCCUCCUGGUGGGAGCAGCCGUAUGCCUGGACUCAGGUUCUUCUUUUAAAUGUUACAGCUGCACAGCACAGGUCAGCAAUGCCAACUGUAAGACGUCUGUGGACUGUAAGGAUUCAGAAAUGUGCAGGACCGAUGUUAUUGGAAUCCUGAAGCUCUUCAACGUCAUCAGUAAAGGCUGUGCUUCGUCAUGUGAGGUAUCUUAUCAAGACCUCACCGUGGGGAGCAGGAAUAUCUCCUGCUGCAGCAGUGACCUCUGCAAUGUCAAUGCAGUGAGCAGUGUGAGGUGCAGCUAUGGGAUGGCAGCUGUGAUAUCAGGCAGCAUGCUCUGGACCUUCCUGGACAACAGACUGUGA